CUAAGAAAAAAUAUGACUAAGCAGCAACCGCAGCAGUGACGACAUACGCUUACACAAUUUCUCUAUACCAUAGAAGAAAGUGAAUCAAUAAUAUUUUAACAAAAUUUUAUAAAAUAACGCAGAUAUUAAAGUAAAACAUAAAAAUAUAUAAUUUAUCAAAAUGGUUACCGAAAACGGAACACAGGGCGAUGGAAACACAUCGUUUCUGCGAGCUGCCAGAGCUGGCAAUAUGGACAAAGUUCUCGAACACUUGAAAAAUAACAUUGACAUUAACACUAGUAAUGCGAAUGGUUUAAAUGCGUUGCACUUGGCAUCGAAAGAUGGCCACGUUCAUGUGGUCUCAGAAUUAUUGAGGCGUGGUGCAAUUGUAGACAGUGCUACCAAAAAGGGUAAUACUGCAUUGCAUAUUGCUUCGUUGGCGGGUCAGGAGGAAGUUGUAAAGCUACUUUUACAACAUGGAGCGUCUGUUAAUGUGCAAUCACAGAAUGGUUUUACACCGUUGUACAUGGCUGCACAGGAGAAUCAUGAUUCAGUGGUAAAAUUAUUACUGUCGAAUGGCGCCAACCAAAGUUUAGCCACCGAAGAUGGAUUCACACCAUUGGCGGUGGCAAUGCAACAAGGUCACGAUAAGGUUGUGGCUGUAUUAUUAGAAAGUGACACACGUGGCAAGGUUAGACUGCCGGCCUUGCAUAUUGCUGCUAAAAAAGACGACGUAAAAGCGGCUACAUUGCUUUUGGAUAAUGAUCAUAAUCCUGAUGUAACUUCCAAAUCUGGCUUUACUCCCCUGCACAUUGCCUCGCACUACGGCAAUCAAGCUAUUGCAAAUCUUCUCAUACAGAAAGGUGCCGACGUUAACUUCUCAGCCAAACAUAAUAUUAGUCCACUUCAUGUGGCUGCAAAAUGGGGCAAAACCAAUAUGGUUUCAUUACUUUUGGAGAAGGGAGCAAAUAUCGAAGCAAAAACCCGCGACGGUUUAACGCCCCUGCAUUGUGCUGCACGCUCGGGCCACGAACAAGUAGUGGAUAUGCUGCUAGAACGUGGUGCUCCGAUUAGCGCUAAAACUAAAAACGGCCUUGCUCCACUACACAUGGCAGCCCAGGGAGAACAUGUCGAUGCUGCCCGAAUUUUACUGUACCAUCGAGCACCGGUAGAUGAAGUCACUGUAGAUUAUCUUACCGCAUUACAUGUUGCCGCUCACUGUGGACACGUGCGAGUGGCCAAACUGCUCUUGGAUCGUAAUGCUGAUGCCAACGCUAGGGCAUUGAAUGGUUUUACUCCCCUACAUAUUGCUUGCAAAAAGAAUCGCAUCAAGGUUGUUGAAUUGUUGCUACGUCACGGAGCAAGUAUUAGCGCUACAACCGAAAGUGGUUUGACACCGUUGCAUGUGGCCGCCUUUAUGGGAUGCAUGAAUAUAGUCAUUUAUUUAUUACAACACGAUGCUAGCCCGGAUGUUCCAACUGUUCGCGGCGAAACUCCAUUGCAUUUAGCCGCCAGAGCAAAUCAGACUGAUAUUAUACGGAUUUUGUUGCGCAAUGGAGCUCAAGUUGAUGCACGCGCACGUGAACAGCAAACUCCACUUCACAUUGCAUCGAGAUUGGGCAAUGUUGAUAUUGUCAUGCUAUUGUUGCAACACGGAGCUCAGGUGGAUGCCACCACAAAGGACAUGUACACGGCUUUACAUAUUGCCGCCAAGGAGGGCCAAGAUGAGGUGGCUGCUGUACUGAUUGAAAACGGCGCUGCGUUAGAUGCUGCCACCAAGAAAGGCUUUACACCUUUGCAUUUAACCGCUAAGUACGGUCACAUCAAGGUCGCCCAGUUGCUGUUGCAAAAGGAAGCCGACGUUGAUGCCCAGGGCAAAAAUGGCGUGACACCGUUACACGUGGCCUGCCACUAUGACAAUCAAAAUGUUGCCUUGUUGCUGCUGGAGAAAGGUGCCAGUCCCCAUGCAACAGCCAAAAAUGGACACACGCCGUUGCACAUUGCGGCUCGUAAAAAUCAAAUGGACAUUGCUACAACACUUCUGGAAUACGGUGCCCAGGCUAAUGCCGAAAGUAAGGCUGGUUUCACCCCCCUGCACCUCAGCUGCCAGGAGGGACACACAGAAAUCUCGAAUCUCUUAAUCGAACACAAGGCCGGCGUAAAUCACCCAGCCAAAAACGGGUUGACACCGAUGCAUUUAUGUGCCCAAGAGGACAAUGUCAACGUCGCCGAAAUACUUCAACGCAAUGGAGCCAACAUUGAUAUGGCCACCAAAGCCGGCUAUACACCGCUACACGUUGCUGCACACUUCGGCCAGGCCAAUAUGGUGCGAUUCCUUUUGCAGCAUGGAGCCAAUGUUAAUUCUGCCACGUCCAUUGGCUACACACCCCUGCAUCAGAGUGCUCAGCAAGGUCAUUGUCAUAUUGUUAAGCUUCUGCUGGAGCAUAAUGCCGAUGCUAAUGCCCAAACUACGAACGGACAAACGCCAUUGGACAUUGCCCGGAAAUUGGGCUACAUUAGUGUUUUGGAUUCGCUGAAAUCGUACACCAAUGAACCGGAGGGUUCCACACAAAUCCAUUCAGAUGAAAAAUAUCGAGUGGUUGCACCGGAGGCCAUGCACGAAUCGUUUAUGUCCGAUUCCGAAGAAGAAGGAGGCGAAGAUAAUAUGCUUUCCGACCAACCUUAUCGCUAUCUGACAGUUGAUGAAAUGAAAUCCCUAGGAGAUGAUUCUCUGCCCAUUGAUGUGACACGUGAUGAACGUGUGGACUCCAAUCGCAUGGCCCAGAGUGCUGAAUACACCAACGCUGGAUUGCAACAGCAGCAACAACCGCAGCCGGCUGUCGAGAGCGCCAUAAGUCCCCAAAAGGCACAAACCUACAAUGCUGUCCAUACGAAAACAAUGCGUGACGGUGGUAUUUACAUAUCGAACGAUAUGUUAAACGGGGAUGACCAUCAGCACGAGGGACGUAAAUUACAAUGGAAAAGCUUCUUGGUCUCCUUCUUGGUUGAUGCACGUGGUGGUGCUAUGCGAGGCUGCCGUCACAGCGGUGUUCGCAUGAUCAUACCAUCUCGUUCGACUGCUCAGCCAACGCGUGUUACAUGUCGCUACGUUAAACCGCAGCGCACUAUGCAUCCUCCCCAGUUGAUGGAGGGUGAGGCUCUGGCAAGUCGUGUCCUCGAAUUAGGCCCUGUGUCGACGAAAUUCAUUGGACCCGUUAUUAUGGAGGUUCCCCAUUUUGCUUCGUUGCGUGGAAAAGAACGUGAAAUUAUAAUUUUACGUUCCGAUAAUGGCGAGACAUGGCGCGAGCACACCAUUGAAAAUUCCGAAGAAAUCAUUCAUGAUGUAUUGCAACAAUGCUUUGAGCCAGAAGAAAUCGCCCAACUUGAGGAACAGUCUGGCAAUCAUGUAUGCCGAUUUGUUACCUAUGAUUUCCCACAAUAUUUCGCUGUUGUAACUCGCAUACGCCAGGAGGUACAUGCUAUCGGACCCGAAGGUGGAAUGGUGUCUAGCACUGUGGUGCCUCAGGUGCAGGCGGUAUUCCCACAAGGAGCUCUAACUAAAAAGAUUAAAGUUGGCUUACAGGUAAACCUCUUUAAACCUCGCAAAGGUGUUGCGCCAGAAAAAUUGCGUAAAAUUAGUGUUAAUCAUGUACCAAAGAAAAAGCGUUUUUCGCUCAUUUGGUAA